CCACAGGGCCCAGAGGCUGCCCGGCUUCCUCCUUGUCCUGUGGCCGGAUAGCUCACCUUGGGCUGAGGGGCCGGCAUGUCCCCCACGGUCGCCUCUCUGCUCUGCCUUGGGCUGUGGCUGGGCCAGAAGAUCCCAUCUGCCGAGGGGGAGCUCUUCAGACCUUCCAUUAGGGCUGUGCCCGGCCCUGUGGUCCCCCGGGGAGCAGAAGUAAGCUUCUCUUGCCAGGGCCCACAGGGAAGCAAGAGUUUUCAGCUUUGGGAGGAUGAAAACUUCCUACUCCAGAUAAAUACCACUAGAGGCGAGGCUGCAUUCCCCUUUUCAGUUAAAGGAGCUAAUGCCAAAGGCCACUACCGCUGUCGCUACUGGCAGGGGCCCGGCUGGUCAGAGUUCAGUGCCCCUCUGCGGCUGCUGGUGACAGGAUUUUUCUGUAGACCAUCUUUCCUGGUCCGACCGGGCAUCUUGGUAGCUGCAGGGGAGACAGUGAACCUCACGUGCCAGAUUUUCCUAGCCAGUGGCAUUUCAAAAUUGACCUUCUUCCUAUUGAAAGCUGGGGUACCUGACCCCUUACAGUUCCAGAGCACAGAGGAGAAGGUGGCCAACUUUACUCUCCCAUCUGUGAAGGCUGAGGAUGCUGGGGACUACAGCUGCAUUUACUUAGUGGAGGGCAGGAGGAGAGCAUCAGAUCCCAGUGAGGUCCUAAGACUGGAGGUGACAGAUUACACCACGGACAACAUUGUCUCCCUCAGCCUGGCGGGCCUGGUCCUCCUCAUCCUAGGGGUGGUGCUGGCCGAGGCUUGGUACAGCCACAGGGGCUCCUGAGAAGCAGGCCCGCUCCGCCAGCAGAUGGGGGCCACGGAGCUGGGGAGCAGAGCCCUAGGAAAGGCCUGGGGAAGCCAGCCUCUGAGGGAAGGAUCUGCCUUCCUGCUGGAAGGAGAGAGACCCGACCGGCUUCCUUUCCUUCCAGUGACCCCGCCACCUGCUAUGCCCUUCUGGCCCCGGCAAUGGCUCCCCAGGCUCUCCCCUGUCUCAGAAAACCUUUCACAGCAUCUCCUACAGAAGAAAGGAAGUACCCCCUGCUGGCCUUCCACGGAAUUGCAGGAAAUUUCAGAGCUUGAGGCUUCACUCUUUGGUUCCCACUAGUCUGGGGCAUCCAACCUGGAGGUGGCAGAGUGGGUAGGAUGCUGUGGCUGGGCUCAGGAGGACACGAGUUCAAAUUCUGACUCAGGCCCUUAUUCUCUGUGUGGCUCUGGAUAAAUCAUUUAAUCUCUGCCUCUGUUUCCCCAAAGUGUAAAAUGGGAAUAAA